AUGAAGUUAAGCUUCAUUGAUGGUAGUUGCAGCGCACCAGACGUUUCUGCAGACAAUUACGACGCGUGGAUCAGGGUAGACUCAAUGGUAACAUCCUGGAUCCUCAAUGCCAUCUCCAAGAAGAUUUCGAAGGCUUUUUUGUACGUAAAAACUUCGAGACAAUUGUGGUUGGAUCUCAAAGAAAGAUACGGCGAAAACAAUGGACCUAUGGUUUAUCAGUUGCAGCAAGCCAUUGCUUCCAUUGCACAGGGGACAAUGAGUGUGGUUGAUUACUUUAACAGUUUAUCUACACUUUGGGACGAGCUAGAGUGUCUAAUGCCUACAAAAACCUACACUUGUGGAUUAUGUACUUGUAGUUUUACCAGAAUUGCAGCAGAGGAAGAUAACUUGACAAAGCUAGUACAAUUCUUAAUGGGAUUAGAUGAUAGCUAUGAUAACAUUCGCAAUCAGAUUCUCGUUAUGGACCCUUUUCCGAGUGUGAACAAGGCCUACUCUAUGGUGCUAAGGGUUGAGAGACAUAGAUUGGUCAAUACUCAGACCAACGGUAAUUCGGAUGGAGUGGCAUUAUACUCAAGGUGGAACAACCAAAGAGGGAACACAUGCCUUAGAGGGAAUAUAUCUAUUUUGGAGAAAUUUGGGCAUAAAGGCAGAGGCUACAUUGACAGGAAACUUCAGGUUUCACUGUGGUAG